GUUAUCCUCCGUGUUUUACUAACCAAUGCUCAUUGUUCUUUCUGUUUCUGCUAGCCUCUUAUUUAUUUCGGUGUCAUCCACCGCAAAAUGAACGAUCAGCAGACCAACAACGAGUCAGACCACACGAUGAGUAAAAGUGCCAAGAAAAGAGCCAAGAAGCAACAGCAGCAGAAAAGAGCAUCCGAGAGUAACGAUGAAAAGAAUAGCCCAACAAAAAGCGAUGCAGAAAAUACCGAAGCAGUGAGCACACCCGAAAAAGUUUCCGAUUCAGUUGAGCCAGAGAAGCAGGAUCAAGUUGAUCAACUGGUGCCAUUGAUUAAUAAAUUUGACGUGAAUGGAAAAGCACUGAAAACAAUUGCCGGUCAUGGGACAGUUCAUUUGGGAGAAAUUACGCCGCACAACAUUUUGCAACUGAAAAAGCUCAAUGAAGAUGUCUUCCCAAUUGCCUACAACGACAAGUUCUAUGUGGAAGCUCGAUAUUGCGGAGAACUUGGACGUCUUGCCUACUACAACGAUGUCGUCGUGGGCGCCGUGUGCUGUCGCAUUGACGAUAUUUCAGACGAGAAGUCGUUGUAUCUCAUGACACUUGGAACCCUUGCCGCCUACCGACAAAUCGGUAUUGGUACAAUUCUCAUCGACUACGCAUUAAAAUUGUGCAAUAAGAUGGAAGAAAUUAAGACCAUGUACUUACAUGUGCAGGUCAACAACAAAAAUGCGGUGCAAUUCUAUGAGAAGCAUGGCUUCACCAAUGACGGAAUUAUCGAGGACUACUAUCGUAUUAGCCCAAGAGACGCUUACUUGCUCAUCAAACGAAUCCGCCACUAAACUAGAAUAGCUCAUUUUGAUAUACAAUAUCUGAACUGUUUCCCUUUUCAAAAUUACUUUAUUUUUAUCAUAGCGACUGGUGGCAUCCAAGCCUGGUCUGCAAGUUGGAUCUCUAGCCAUUGACAAUUGCCAGCAUGGUUGUUUUGUCUUCUUUCCCAUCUUCAAGCAUAACCGUGCCUACCCGUAUGAAAACCAUGUCUGUUUGAGAUUUCCCAUUUUUUCUAUGCUUUAUUUCAUGUAUCAUCAUUUUCAAUUCUAUUGACUUUUUGUUUUUUGGUAACUCUGGUAAUUCGAUUGUGAAUUCUAAAUGUCGAGGUUCUUUUAUUGUCCGAGCAAAUUUUAUGUUUUGAAUUUUGACUCAUAAAAAUGUAAGGCGUUUU